CCCACCUCUCGCUCACCGUCGUUUCCCGUCAUCCUUUUCGCAACCCGGAAGCAGGGGCCCAGGCGGCUGCUACUGCUGAGAAGCGCGUUGGUGCAGUUGGCAGUCAGACCACGUGUGUCGCUUGAGUGAGGAGCCGGGGAGACAUCGGAGAGGGAAGUGCAGGGACCUCUAAGAAGCCAACAUGGCCGUCCGCGCGUCUUUUGAAAACAACAACGAGAUCGGCUGCUUCGCCAAACUGACCAACACCUACUGCCUUGUGGCCAUUGGGGGGUCGGAGAACUUCUACAGUGUGUUUGAAGGAGAACUCUCCGAGACCAUUCCGGUGGUACAUGCCUCUAUCGCCGGCUGCAGAAUAAUUGGGAGGAUGUGCGUUGGCAACCGACAUGGCCUCAUGGUUCCCAACAACACAACAGAUCAAGAGCUUCAGCACAUGAGAAACAGCUUGCCCGACUCCGUGCGAAUUCAGAGAGUAGAGGAGCGUCUCUCCGCCCUGGGCAACGUUAUCGCAUGUAAUGACUACGUGGCUCUUGUGCAUCCAGAUCUUGACAGGGAGACUGAGGAGAUCUUGGCAGACGUCCUUAAAGUUGAGGUAUUUAGACAGACCAUAGCCGAACAAGUGCUCGUAGGCAGUUAUUGUGCCUUUAGUAACCAAGGAGGCCUGCUACAUCCCAAAACAUCUAUUGAGGAUCAAGAUGAACUGUCUUCUCUGCUUCAGGUCCCUCUUGUGACGGGAACAGUAAACCGCGGCAGCGAAGUGAUCGCAGCAGGAAUGGUCGUGAACGACUGGUGCGCUUUCUGCGGCUUGGAUACCACCAGUACAGAACUGUCCGUUAUAGAAAGUGUAUUUAAACUGAGCGACGCACAUCCUAGUACUAUUGCCACCAGCAUGAGGGACUCCCUCAUUGACAGUUUAACAUAAGCAAAUUUGAAGCUUCAGAAAAUGGGAUGGUUUCGUGCAGAAACGAGCGACUCUGUAGUUCACCGAUCUUUUCACCAAAACUGGACUUUCACGAGCAACUGUCGCCCCAACGACGUCUUUGUUAAUGUUAAUGCGUUUAAACGGUGUCUGAAAUAAAAAAGAACUUUUGCUAAGGGAAGAAGUGUUGUUUUUAGCAUCUCUUUGCUAUAUUGCACUUAUAGACUGUAUACGUUAAUAUGAAUAAUAAACAUUUUUAUCACUCGAAAA